UUGAGAUAUUAAGAACUGCAUGAUGAAAGAAAAAGAUAUCCAAGGCGCCAUCACCACCUCGGCCGAGGUCGACGAAACAGUCCCCGAUGAAGCAACAAAGCAUCUUCGAAACAUCAAAGAAGCCCACCAUUGGGAUCCCAAUCUCCCCCAAGAAGUCCUGGACGAGAUCGACGACGCCCUCGAUACUUCCAACAAGAACGCCCAGGACGAUGUCGCCCAUGAGUUACUUGACAACUCGCCGUACCCGGAAGUCCGCGCUGCAGUCCCCAACCGUGACGAGGGUGGACAUAGCAAUACCAUCCGCGCAUGGGCUAUCGGCCUGCUCUUUGCGACCAUCGGCUCAGCACUGAACAUGCUUUUCUCUCUGCGCCAGCCGUACAUUGUUAUCCCGUCGUACGUGGCGCAGGUAGUCGCCUACCCCGUCGGCGUUGCGUGGGCCAAAACAAUGCCCAAUCGGAAAUACAAUCUCUUUGGUCUCGAAUUCAACCUGAACCCAGGCCCGUUCAAUAAGAAAGAACACGCCAUCGUUGUGAUCAUGGCCAACGCAACCUUUGGAGGCGGCGCAGCCUACGCAACCGACGUCCUCCUCGCCCAGCGCGCCUUCUACAACCAGCGUUUCAGCUGGGCAUUCGAGAUUUUCAUGUGCAUCUCAACGCAGAUGCUAGGCUUUGGCCUUGCAGGCUUCUUCUAUCGAUUCUUGGUCACUCCUGCUGCAAUGAUCUGGCCCGCAAACCUCAUCAACACGACGCUUUUCACGGCAUUGCAUGACCGCAGCAAGCCAGAUCCGCGGACUGUCUCUGGGUGGACAAUCGGAAAGUACCGCAUGUUCCUGUACACCAUGAUUGGGUCGUUUGUCUGGUACUGGUUCCCUGGUUACAUCGCGCCGUUCCUGAGCAUCUUUGCGUUUCCAACAUGGAUACGACCCAACAAUGUGGUGGUUAACCAGUUAUUCGGGGGCUCUACGGGUCUCUCGUUGAUACCUUUGACGUUCGAUUGGACGCAGGUAUCCGGGUUUAAUUUCAGUCCACUGAUUGCACCGUGGUAUGCCAUCGCGAACACGUUGAUCGGCAUGGUAGUGUUCUUCUGGAUUGUUACGGCGGCCGUCCACUAUUCCGGAUUAUAUUAUUUCAAGCACCUACCGAUCAGUGACUCAAAUAGUUACGACAACACCGGGGCAGUGUAUGAUGUCUCCCGCAUCCUCACACCAAGCCUCACCCUUGAUGUGGAGAAAUACAAAUCCUACUCGCCCUUGUUCCUUUCAACCUCCUUCGCCCUCAGCUACGGUCUGUCCUUCGCCAGCAUCAUCGCCGUCCUCGUCCACACAGGCCUCUUCCACGGAAGAGAACUCUGGACGCGCUUCCGCCAUCUCGGUCACGAGGAAGAAGAUAUCCACGCCCGACUAAUGUCCCGCUUUCGCAACGUGCCCUGGUGGUGGUAUGCAGCCACAACGCUAAUCAUGCUCGGCAUUGCCCUCGGCGUGACACAGGGAUACCCAACUGAGCUUAGUUGGUGGGCGCUUUUCAUCUCACUGAUUAUUGCGGUUGUGUGGUUCGUGCCAUUGGGAAUUGUAAAGGCCGCGACGAAUGUGGAUAUCGGGUUGAAUGUGAUCACCGAGUUCGUGGUGGGGUAUAUGCAGCCUGGCAAGCCGAUGGCGAUGAUGUUGUUCAAGACGUAUGGGUAUAUCACGAUGUCGCAGGGGUUGUAUUUCUGUCAGGAUAUGAAGCUCGGAUAUUACAUGAAAAUCCCUCCAAGGCUAACAUUUGCCACGCAAAUGGUCGCAUGCCUGUGGUCCUCCAUUGUGCAAAUCGCCGUCAUGAACUGGGCGCUCAGCACCAUCCCAGAUGUCUGCUCCUCCACCCAAGCGAAUAACUAUACCUGCCCCAACGGCCGUGUGUUUUUCAACGCCUCGGUCAUCUGGGGUGCCAUCGGUCCAGGACGCAUGUUCUCGCCUGGUCAGAUCUAUUCGGGUCUGUUAUGGUUCUUCCUUGCCGGCGCAAUCUUCCCUGUGUCUAUCUACAUUGCCGCACGGGUCUUCCCGAAAUACAGGUUUCUAAAGUUCCUCAACGCACCACUCAUUUUCGGCGGUUCGGGCCUGAUCCCUCCCGCUACACCACUGAACUACCUCUCCUGGGGCAUUGUUGGGUACCUAUUCAACAAGCUCAUUCGGGAUCGGUUCCGCGGGUGGUGGAUGCAGUAUAACUACGUGUUGUCCGCGGGGUUGGACGUCGGUUUGGCGCUAUGUACUAUUUUGAUCUUCCUGGCAUUGAAUCUGACUUCGACGAGCUUCCCAGAGUGGUGGGGGACGAGGAUUGCGAGUGAUACGAUGGAUAUGAAGGAUACAGCGGUGCAGAUUGUGUUGCCUGAGGGGGAGACGUUUGGGCCGAGGACGUGGUAGCCCUGACAUGAACAACUACAUACAAUAGUUAUUUUAGAUUCUUCCAAUUAUUCCUGAUUGCACCAUGGUGUAAUCAUCAUUGGAGAUUUAUUUUUUCACCAAGUUUACAGUACAUCGGGGAAAGAUUCCCACGAACCCCUUAUUGUCUCUGGAAGUACUCUGGUACUUGGCUAGCUAAGCAAGUCAACCAAAGACUCGCAAGUACGGUUUCAUUGUAGUGGGGAAGUUGGUAAUUGAUACUUCACCGCAUGGAAUCGGACGCUUUAACAAAGAAAUGCUCUUUGGCAUGAACCACAAA